AUGGUAUUUUCAUUAUAUGGUCUUAUUGAAGCUGCAUUUCUUUGUGUUAAUACAAUUGCCAUACUUAAUGAACAGGUUUCUUUCAAAAUACAACAUAAUUCCGGUGUUGGUUAUGUUGAUGAAUAUCAAAAUACUGGUGAAGAACUUAUUAGAGUUCAUCGUGAAUUACAAUGUUGUUCAGGAUGUAAUUGUUUUGGUAGUCGUGAAAGUUGUAUGCAACAAGUUACUGUUGAAUGUCCACCUGGAUUUAUUAUUGGCACUGUUCAACAAGAGUACUAA